AUGGCCAACAACCAGGACGAGCAGAAGGACAAAGAGGAGUACAAGACGCUGUGGGGAGCCCGGAUCCUUUGGCCUCCUGACAUGCCAGACGACAUGCUCGAGGAUGCUGUGAAAAUCUCCCAGUCGGCUCUCGAAGAGUUCGGAAGACAAGAGCGGGAAGGGACAAAAAUUGCCCAGAAGAUCAAGCAGCACCUGGAUGAGAAUCACAAGCCGUACUGGCAUGUCACCAUCGGAAAGAACUUUGGCUGCCAUGCUGUGCAUGAGAAGCAGCGCUUUGUGCGUACCAACGCCAUGGCUUUCCGGCUCCUCAGCGGCGAAGCGGUGUCCUGCGAGAGCCGGCUUGGGCCUUUGGGUGCCUCGGUUCCCGUGGCCGAAGCCCGCGCCGCAGUGGCGGAGCACCUGGACGUGGAGAGGGAGAGGGUGCGCCUGAUCUGUCCGACGCAUGCCGAGCUGGAGGAUGGCGCAACUCUGCUGCUGGCUGACAGCUGCGCGACGGUGCAGAUCUUGCCAGACCCACUGGAGGUGGAGCUGGCAAAGGCGCUGGACCUGGAGCACUUUGCGGAUGCACUGCAGAUGGACCUACUGCAGAUUCGCGGCACGGUGCUGACAGGUCUUCCGAAAGGCAUCGGUAAGCUCCUGAAGCUCAAGCAAGUGCAUCUGAGCGCCAACAAGCUGCAAGGGCUGCCGUCGAACAUCGGGGCCCUGGUAUCCUUGGAAGACCUGCGCGUGGACUGCAACCUGCUGUCAUCACUUCCGGACAGCAUCGGUUCCCUCCAUGGCCUGGUGGAGCUCCACCUCGGCUCCAACAUGCUCAGCGAGUUGCCAUCCCGCCUGGGCUGCCUCACGCAGUUGCAGACGCUGAACUUGUUGAACAACCAGCUCACUGAGCUGCCGGACACCAUUGGCGAGCUGCGAUCUCUGCGUAGGCUGCACCUAGGGGGCAACCGAUUGCGCAUGCUACCACGCAGCUUGGGCCAGCUGGCGAAACUCCAGGAGCUCUACCUGGCCAACAAUGAGCUGGAGCGGCUUCCCGAGGAAUGCUGCGAGCUUGGUGAGCUUGAAAUGAUCCAGCUGGGUUCGAACCAGUUGACUGAGCUCCCAGAGCACCUGGGGCGUUUGCAGGCGCUCCUCGAGCUACAUAUCGGCAGCAACAAGCUCACGCACCUGCCAGCCAGCAUAGGCGAGUUGCAGGGCUUGCAGCAGCUAUUCCUGGCCGGCAACGAGCUUAAGGCGUUGCCGGAAACCUUCACCCUGGCGAGCUUGCAGAAGUUGCAUCUGCGGGCGAACCAGAUCGAGAGCCUCGCCGAGAGCUUCGGGGACCUGCGGAGCCUUAAGAAGCUGUUUCUGGACUCCAACAAGCUCCAGGAGCUGCCGGAGAGCUUUGGGCGCCUUGCGGCCUUGGAGGAGCUACAUCUCAGCGACAAUGCCAUUGCAAACUUCCCUGACAGUUUCUUUGAGCUGUCACAGCUGCAAGAGCUGCGCGUGGCUUGCAACGACCUCAAAGCCGUGCCAGAGAAGUUUGGGCGUCUGUCGAACCUCAAGGAGCUCGACCUCAGCGCAAAUCCUUUGGAGGAGCUUCCUGAAAGCCUUGGGGAGCUUGAGAUGCUCGAGGAGCUCCAUCUGCACAUGACCAAGCUCUCGGAGCUUCCAGAGAGCAUCCUGCAGCUGAAGCACACAGGCACCAUCAUCAUGACCGACGCAUAG